AAUUUAAAAACACCACUAUUAAGCGUACACUUUUACUCAGCAGUGUCACUACAACUAGUUUACAAAAAUACUUUUAAAACUAUAUAUCAAAAGCAAAAUAAAGUUCUAUGUAUAAAUUCGUUCAUAAAACUUCCAAAAAGCUAAUAUAAUUUAGAUAAGUCAAAGAGAGGGUUAAAAUUAUUAAUAAAACAUUUUUGCUACCUCAGUGUCAGAUAAAGUAAACAAAUAAGUCUUCAGUGCGGACUUAAACGCCUCAACAGAAUAACAUUGUUUAACUGAGUCUGGUAGUGCAUUAAAAACUCGUGGACCAACCACACUAAAACUACGAUCACCAAAACCCUUGGUUGAACGAUAAGGGACUAUGAGCCUAACAGUGUGUCCAUGGUGAGCAUACUUAAACAUAUCUUGAAGGUACAGUGGCGCUAUUCCAUUAAUAGCCUUAAAAGAUAGGAGACAUAUUUUAAAAAUCACUCUUUUAGGUAUAUUAAGCCAGUGCAAUUUAUCAAGAUCAUCGCCUAGGUGAUCAAAUUUAUAUUUUCCAGUUACUGCUUUUGCACAGGCAUUUUGAAUAAGCUGUAGUUGAUGUAUGAGGUACUUGGAGAUGCCGUAAAACAUGGCGUUACAGUAGUCCAAACAGGAAACAACGAGGCUAUUAACAAUUGUCUUAAGCUGUUUUGUAGUCAGCAGAAACCGUAUCUUAGUGAGGUUGCGUAGUGUUAGGAAACAUUUCUUCUUCAACUCAACAACAUGGUUGCUCAUAGUAAGCCCAGAGUCCAUAUGUAUCCCAAGAUUCUUAACUGUGCUCACAGUUAUCUGCCAUCCCUAUAUUCAUCCUUAUUAUCCUUUCUCCUGAUUCAUUCACAUGAUUGUUACUAUUAUAUAUCAUUUUCAUUCAGUUUUAAGAAAUUGGGGAGUCCUCAUUCAGCAGUACCUGCAUAACUUCGUUUAGUUCACAGUAGACAUAUUGGUCUUGGGUUAUUUAGACAGUGCCCAUGAUACAUAAUCACCAAAUCUUACUGGUAUAUACCCAAAUCAUAAGUACUUCAGUAAGCAGCCGUUCAACUUAUGCAUAAUUCAUGCACCAGUUGGUUGUAAGCCUAUGCCUUGGUUAAAUUUCUUUUUCAAAAUUAAAAGUAUUUUCUCAUUAUAUAGUAUGUGUAAGCCCCAUCCUGUGGUUCAGCCGAGUUAUGAGGAGAACCAUGAUUGAGGUUUAAACAAGGAAUGGACCUGCAAAAAGAUCUUGAAUCUUGUAGGAUACUCUUGGCGCGUACUGUUAACUUACAAAAAAAACACCAGGUUACACUCCUGUAGAUCCCUCAGUUUCAUCAGCCUUCAUUGAACAUGAUUCAUGCAGCAUCGCAGCAUCUCGAAUUUGCCACAUAACUUGCAAAUCCUUUGUUUUGGCCAAUUUUUAGUUGACAGGAUAUAGCAGGGAUUCUGGUUGCAGCCCCAAAAAUUAUGCCCUGUAGCUGUAUUCAAUUUAUCCUUAAAAUCUUAAAUAUGCCUCAGUAAAAGUUCUAUUCACAGAAAUUUUUUAAAAAUCCCCUUUGUUUCGAAAAACUCCCCUUUGUAACAAUGUAAUUGUGCAACCCACUUUUAGAUGGUUAUUCUGUUAGCAAGAUCAAAUUUCUAUUAAACGCAAAUUUAGACAAACAAACAUUUUGUAUAUGCCUAUGUUUAUUGUAAUUUUGUAUUUAUAGCUACAUUUUUAGGGCAACGCCAUGAAAGACCUAUGCAAAGACUUGUGCAAACUCAUUGUUCCAGCUUUGACACCAGCUUUGCACAAAGGACAAGCUGGUCGUAUUGGUAUAGUAGGCGGAUGUGAGGAAUAUACUGGAGCCCCUUACUUUGCUGGAAUAGCAGCUCUGAGGCUUGGUGCUGAUUUGGUGCAUAUCAUGUGUACCCCAAGUGCAGCUAUUCCCAUCAAAUCAUACUGCCCUGAUCUAAUGGUCAUGCCUAUCCUUUGUAAAGAAAAAGCUCCACAGUUCAGCAAUUGGAUCAAACGUCUACACUGCGUUGUUAUUGGCCCUGGUCUUGGACGUGAUCCGGAAACCAAAGAUAUUGUUUCCAAGUGGAUUGAAAUAAUAAAAGAACAAAAUAUUCCAGUUAUUAUUGACGCUGAUGGUCUUCAUCUGAUCACUGAGCAGCCUCACUUGAUUAAGGGCUACAAAGAUGCUAUCCUUACUCCCAAUAUAGCAGAAUUCUCUAGACUGUUUCAUGCUAUGAACAGUGAGCAGCCGCAGAAGCCUAUUCUAAUGCCUUCGGAUAUAUCAACACUCUCCAAGGUAUUAGAAUGUACUAUCGUAUGUAAAGGUAAAGUUGACAAGAUAUCUACUAAUGGAAUUACUGUUGAGUGUGAUGUGGAAGGCUCUAAUAGAAGAGUAGGAGGGCAAGGUGAUCUUCUGUCAGGUGCUCUUGGAUUAUUUGCUCACUGGGCAAAAGAUUCUAAAGAUUCACUGCCAUGUUACAUUCCAUAUCAAAAUGUUGCUGCUUAUGCUGCAUGUGCUGUUGUUAAACGAUCCAAUUAUGAAGGAUUCCACCAUGUUAAAUCGGACAAGCUAAGCAGAGGAAGGUCAAUGAUAACAUCAGACAUGGUUGAACAUCUCAAUAAAGCUUUUUCUGAUGUUUUUGGCCGGGGGUAAUGUUUUAGAUUCCCAAAACUCUUCAAAAGUUCAAUUGUCUCCAUGUUGUAACACGUUACUCGUUAGAUAGGAAAAAGACAGUUAUGACUAAUUUGAUACCUUAAAAGGAAAUUUGUUUUAAAACUUCUAACUUAUUAUCUCGAUUCUUUUUUCAUAUCAUUUUUUAUUGAAAGAUCCCUUUGUUUAGUUAUACUCCUUCAUAAUGUUCAUCUAAGCUUGAUGAAUUUGUAAUUCUCUUGCAAGGAUAAAUUUAUAAAACAUUACGAAAUUUAAUUUAGAUUUUAUGUUACAUGUAUUGUGUAUUUACUGUGUAAAUCUUAAAAGUUUUUAAAGAUGAUAAAUAAAUAAUUGUUCAUUUUCUGCGUAAUGUAUGAAUUUUAUAACAAUAGCGUUUGAUAUUUCAGUGUUUGUAAUUUCUUAUUUUUGACAAAUAUUUAUCUGUUAUUUCUUACUGUGUUUCAUAAAAAACUGUUGUUUAC